UUCUGCUCAGAGCGGACUGUGACGGCGGACAGGUGCACCAGCAGGACGGUCAAGAAUCCCUGAUACCAAAGGUUUGGUCCAGGAUGCAAACUUUGGUAACUUUGUGCGCUCUUCUCUCGCUCCUCUUCUCUGUUCAUGCAGAUGUUGUGGAGCGUUUUGAGGAUGUGCCAGAAUGCAUGAGUUACUUCUAUAAAGAGAAGGUGCCAGAGUGGGGGGCUUCUACCCCCGGUGCUGCCCGUCUCUGUCAUCGCUUCAGCAACAGGUACCACUUUGCCACGCUGUAUGACACUAACCAUCGUAUUGCUGUCUACGCUGCCUAUCACUUCCAGCCCAGCAAUGGAGGAGGCAGGGAGAAAAGGUGGUUUGUAGAGCCUCAGCUGGUAAACACGUCCUGGCAAGCAGAGAUGAAGGACGGCUACUGGCUGGGGAAGGACCACCCUGGGGUCUACCAAGGAGAGAAACAGGCCCUGAAUGAGGAUUACACACACUCUGGCUUCGACCGUGGUCACCUCAACCCCAAUGGACACCAUGCAGUCCCGACCCGCAAUGCCACUUUCACCCUCACCAACGUGGUUCCUCAGAACCCCAAACUGAACCAGAACGCCUGGAGGAUCCACGAGUCCAAGCUCGCUGAACUUUUCCGGGACAGGUGCUCCAAGGCCUUCGUGCUGGUUGGUUCCGUUCCCUCUGCAGACAACUGGAUUGUGAAGAACAAUGUGAAGCGCGUCAACAUCCCAGACUACCUGUGGAACGCCUACUGCUGCGUGGACAACAACGGCAGACCCGUUCAGAGUGGCGCUGCCACGGCGAGGAACACGGAGGACAACUGGGUGGAGAAGCUCUCACUGGAUGAACUGGGAGAAUUCCUCCAGCAGUUCUCCAAUCAGCCAGUAGGGGAGCUGUUUUACAACAACUGCAGGGCGUGAGAGAUAAGAUAAUAUAACCCUUUAUUAAAAAUUUACAAUAAUUUACAAUAAUAAUAAAGGGAUGACGGAAACAAAUAUUUCAACUGUUACCGCUAUGGUGCAUGCUAACAUUGAACAGCUUUAAGACUAAUACAUCCCUUAUUAUUCUUCUCAUUCAACCACGACUAGAUGAAUACAAAUAAAUAGAGGGAAACAAUGACUGUUUAUUUGUCUUUUUUAUUGACAGCAAAGGAGAAACAUAGCAAGUGUCUGUCUUAGGAACACAGCCUGAAUCACUAACUGCCAUUUACAUGAAUAUAUUGUUUGAUUAAAUGAAUGACAGAAAUUAUGUUCUUGUCUUGUCAAAAAGAUGAACCAACCCUUCAGGUUUAAUAUAUGAAAAAACACCCAAGAACCCAAGAAGCAAUUACAGGAAUUGAUGUUUAAGUAUAAAUAGAGUAACUUUAAACACCUUGAGAGCAAAUGAUCAAUGAAAGAACUUACUGAAUCACAAAAGAAACAUCCAAGUAUCUGUAAAACUAUUAAAAGUAA